AACUUCAAAUUCCCUCUUUUCCCUCUGCUAGUUCGAAGAAAAGCAGUCAAGUAAGUUGGCCAAGGGAUUAUGCCAUAUGAAGAUGACGUCUUAACGAUGUAAACAAAUAAAGCGAAAAAUUUGUUGAUUUAAAUAUGUUUGUUAUUUUGUGUUAACUUAUGAAUUUUUAGCCUCAUAGAAAAAUGCAUUUCUCCUUUGGAUUAAUAUCAUUUUUAGUGUUAUUUUCUACAGGAACUGCCAUUAGCUGUUUUCGAUGUAACUCUACCCAAACUUUGGAUUGCCUUGAAAAGUUCCUGAAUCCUAAUCCACUACGACCAGAAUCCUGUUCUGACGUGUUUGAAGCUAGAUACUGUAUAAAAACUACUGGUAUAUAUAAUGGUGAGCUGGGUACUCAGCGAUUUUGUUCCCCAAAAGAGUUAGGAGAUUACUGUGAAUAUGUCCGCCAUUACGACGGCAGAGAGUACAGAGGUUGCGUCUACACAUGCUACACCGACGGCUGUAACAGUGCCCAUUCCAUGUUUAAAAUGUCAACUUUAACGAACCUUAUCACCAUUUUUACAACCCUUCUUGCCAUUUUUAAAGUAUCACGAUGAAAUACAUCCAACCUUUCAUAUAUAUAAAUCAAGUAUUUUGGAAUGUAAUUUAGUAAAAACGUGCUGAUUUAACAGUUACUACUAAAACUUGGGCCUGCUUAGUAUGGAGUACUUAACUAUAUUUAAAGAUCUGUUACACUUUAUUAUCUAUUUCAUCUUGUUCUAAACCUGCUAUGUUGAGGCUGUCAUGUUUCUAAAUAUUAAAUAUAUUGUUGCAAUUGUUGGCGUGACACAAUCGAAUUACCUCACGAGCGACGUGCCAGUUAAAAUGCAUCAUCUGCUGACUAUUACGUUUUCUGCUGAAGAUUUUUAACAGUGGUGGCAAAAUAAUUAAGAAAGAGCAACCCGAUAACCCAAGAAGGGUCUGCGCCAAGGCGAAAUAGAACAGAUAUGUUAAGAGGAAACAGAAUUUAAACCAUAGAUUUUGAACACCACUUGAACAUAAAAAUUUAUUACUGUGACAAAUUGCGAUGGUCGCUUAUUUGUGUUUAAAUUUUUCGGCCGAUAAUUUAAUAUUCUAUGACAUUUAAUAUUAAAUUUUUCGGCCGAUAAUUUAAUAUUC